CCCGCUUCCGGCGCAGAGGUGAGAUUCCGCCGGCCCUGGCUGUAGUGAUGAUGUCAGCUCCGGUUGCCGUGUUGAGUCGGAAGUGGGAACCCUUUGGCCCCUGAGACUGUCGUGUCGUCGCUGCUGGCCCUUCAGGCCCUGCCCCACCCCCUAGGUCUGGAUGGAGGAUACCUUAAAGUGAAAUGACAGACCAGGAGAAUAACAACAACAUCUCAAGUAACCCCUUUGCUGCUCUUUUUGGCUCCCUGGCUGAUGCCAAACAGUUUGCAGCAAUCCAAAAAGAGCAGCUGAAGCAGCAAUCUGAUGAACUCCCAGCAAGCCCAGAUGACUCCGAUAAUAGUGUGUCAGAGAGCCUGGAUGAAUUUGAUUACUCUGUGGCUGAGAUCAGCCGUUCAUUCCGGUCACAGCAAGAAAUAUGUGAGCAACUCAACAUCAAUCACAUGAUCCAGAGAAUCUUCCUCAUCACUCUGGACAACAGUGAUCCAAGCAUGAAAAGUGGGAAUGGUAUCCCGAGCCGUUGUGUAUAUUUGGAAGAGAUGGCAGUAGAGCUAGAAGAUCAAGACUGGCUUGAUAUGAGCAAUGUUGAACAGGCCAUCUUCGCUCGCUUGUUACUUCAAGAUCCAGGAAACCAUUUGAUUAACAUGACUUCUUCUACAACAUUAAACCUCUCCGCCGAUCGAGAUGCAGGAGAGAGGCACAUUUUUUGUUACCUUUACUCCUGCUUCCAAAGAGCCAAGGAAGAGAUUACCAAAGUCCCAGAGAACCUGCUGCCCUUUGCAGUACAGUGCAGGAACCUCACUGUGUCUAAUACCCGAACAGUUCUCCUCACGCCAGAGAUCUAUGUUGACCAAAACAUCCAUGAGCAACUGGUAGAUUUGAUGUUGGAAGCCAUCCAAGGAGCUCAUUUUGAAGAUGUAACUGAGUUUCUAGAAGAGGUCAUUGAAGCCUUGAUAUUGGAUGAGGAAGUUCGAACAUUUCCUGAAGUCAUGAUUCCAGUGUUUGAUAUUUUGUUGGGCCGAAUUAAAGAUCUGGAGCUCUGCCAGAUCUUAUUGUAUGCAUAUCUGGAUGUUCUUCUCUAUUUCACUAGGCAAAAGGAUAUGGCAAAGGUUUUUGUAGAAUACAUUCAGCCCAAAGACCCUAGCAAUGGGCAGAUGUAUCAGAAGACCUUGCUGGGAGUCAUUCUGAAUAUCUCCUGCUUAUUAAAGACUCCGGGUGUGGUAGAAAAUCAUGGCUACUUCCUGAAUCCGUCUCGUUCCAGUCCUCAAGAGAUCAAAGUACAGGAGGCCAACAUCCAUCAGUUCAUGGCCCAGUUCCAUGAAAAGAUCUACCAGAUUCUGAAGAACUUGCUCCAGCUCUCUCCAGAAACCAAACACUGUAUCUUGUCCUGGCUUGGAAACUGUUUGCAUGCAAAUGCAGGCCGCACCAAGAUUUGGGCGAAUCAAAUGCCAGAAAUCUUCUUCCAGAUGUAUGCCUCAGAUGCCUUCUUUCUGAAUCUGGGUGCUGCCCUCCUGAAGCUGUGCCAGCCAUUUUGUAAACCUAGAUCCUCUCGGCUUCUCACCUUUAAUCCCACUUACUGUGCCCUGAAGGAGUUGAAUGAUGAAGAACGAAAAAUUAAAAAUGUACACAUGAGAGGUUUGGACAAAGAAACCUGUUUGAUUCCAGCUGUGCAGGAGCCGAAGUUUCCCCAGAACUACAAUCUUGUAACCGAGAACCUUGCCCUGACAGAGUAUACCUUGUACUUGGGAUUUCACAGGUUGCAUGAUCAGAUGGUAAAAAUCAACCAAAAUCUGCAUCGGCUGCAGGUUGCCUGGCGGGAUGCUCAGCAGAGUUCUAGCCCUGCUGCUGACAAUCUCCGUGAGCAGUUUGAACGACUGAUGACCAUCUAUCUUUCUACCAAGACUGCCAUGACUGAGCCGCAGAUGCUACAAAACUGCCUAAAUUUGCAGGUGUCGAUGGCUGUUCUUCUGGUUCAGCUGGCCAUAGGCAAUGAGGGCUCACAGCCAGUAGAGCUAACUUUUCCUUUGCCAGAUGGCUACAGCUCUUUGGCUUAUGUGCCAGAGUUUUUUGCGGAUAACCUGGGUGAUUUCCUCAUUUUUCUGCGCCGCUUUGCUGACGAUAUCUUGGAGACAUCAGCAGAUUCCCUGGAGCACGUCCUUCACUUUAUCACUAUUUUCACUGGAAGCAUAGAAAGAAUGAAGAAUCCACACCUAAGGGCCAAACUAGCUGAGGUGUUGGAAGCAGUGAUGCCUCACCUAGAUCAGACUCCAAAUCCCUUGAUGUCCAGUGUGUUCCAUCGGAAACGUGUGUUCUGUAACUUUACAUAUGCACCCCAGCUUGCGGAAGCUCUAAUCAAAGUUUUUGUGGACAUUGAGUUUACAGGAGACCCCCAUCAAUUUGAACAGAAGUUUAAUUACCGCCGCCCUAUGUAUCCCAUCCUAAGAUACAUGUGGGGGACAGAGUCCUAUCGGGAGAGCAUUAAGGAUUUGGCUGACUAUGCCUCUAAGAAUUUAGAAGCCAUGAAUCCCCCACUUUUCCUCCGCUUUCUUAACCUGCUAAUGAACGAUGCCAUCUUCCUUUUGGAUGAAGCCAUACAGUAUUUGAGCAAGAUAAAAAUUCAGCAAAUUGAGAAGGACCGAGGUGAAUGGGAUAGUCUAACCCCUGAAGCCCGCCGAGAAAAAGAGGCUGGCUUACAGAUGUUUGGGCAGCUGGCACGUUUCCAUAACAUCAUGUCCAAUGAAACAAUUGGUACCCUCGCCUUCCUAACAUCAGAAAUCAAAUCGCUCUUCGUUCAUCCGUUCCUAGCUGAGCGCAUCAUCUCCAUGCUGAACUACUUCCUGCAGCACCUGGUUGGCCCCAAGAUGGGUGCCUUAAAAGUGAAGGACUUCAGUGAAUUUGACUUCAAACCCCAGCAGCUUGUAUCGGAUAUCUGCACUAUCUACCUAAAUCUUGGGGAUGAGGAAAAUUUCUGUGCUACUGUGCCCAAAGAUGGACGUUCCUAUUCCCCAACUCUCUUUGCACAGACAGUACGAGUCCUGAAAAAAAUAAAUAAGCCUGGGAAUAUGAUAGUGGCUUUCAGCAACUUGGCAGAGAGAAUAAAGUCUCUUGCAGAUCUCCAGCAGCAGGAAGAGGAGACCUACGCAGAUGCCUGUGAUGAGUUCCUGGAUCCCAUCAUGAGCACACUGAUGUCUGAUCCUGUGGUGCUGCCAUCUUCCAGAGUCACUGUGGAUAGGUCCACCAUUGCCAGACAUUUGCUCAGUGACCAAACAGAUCCUUUUAACCGUAGUCCCCUCACCAUGGACCAGAUCCGGCCAAACACUGAACUGAAAGAAAAAAUUCAACGAUGGCUUGCGGAAAGGAAACAACAAAAGGAGCAACUUGAAUAAAUACUGUGAACUAAACAAACCAAAAGGCAACCCCAAGUGUAGAUAAACGAUUGUUCUUGAUCUCCCUCUUUUUGGUUCUGUUCCUUUCUUUUCCUUUUUUUUCCCCUUCACCAAAUUAGGGAACUACUAUUGCUCAAAUUAUGAUAAUUAAGAUUCCUAAGAACAGCUGAGCAUGGUAGUGGAUGCCUGUAAUCCCAGCACUUGCCUGUAAUCCCAGCCUGAGGCAGGAGUAUCACUGUGAGUUCAGGCCUGCCUGAACUGCAUAGUGAGAUCCUGUCUAAAAAAGACAAAAAAAAAGAAAGAUUCCUAAGGAUCUUGUCAGUGCUCCCCUGGCUUGCAGGAAAUUACACUUUCUUAUAGUGUCACCAAGUUUAGAAACCACCACUAAUUUUCAGCUUUUAUUAUAUUUUUAAGUCUAGUGUCACAUAUUUUCAAUGACAGCUGCUAAGUCUGCAUAUUUACUAGUCCUCAUAAACUGGACUUAAACCCUUGUUACAGUUUUAAAAUGUUACGGAAUAACUUUUCACAUAAAAGCAAAUGUUUAUGUUUGUGUAGACUUUUUGAAUAAUAGGUAAGUUUUUUUUUUUUUUUAAAUCUGCUGCUUCUGUUGGUAGCUAAUUUUGUGUUAUAACUCAGAAAUAUCAGACACUUUCUCAUGAGGUUGUGACCACCAAAAAUGUAGCCCUGCAGUCUUUUCAUGAGGAUUAGUAGUGACAAAUCUGCAAUAUUGACACUUUAGUCAGAAAAAAUUCUGGGGUAAAGGAAUAAAUAGGAAGCUAUUGAGCAUUUUUUCUCUUAUGAAAAAUCUGUUGCUACAAAGAGUAGGCCUGAGCAGAAAACUUAGGCAACAAAUAUUGUUACCAUGAAAAAUGUCAUCUUAAGACACUAAUAUCAGUAGUAUAUCUCAGUGUGUAUUAUGUGUAUAUACAUACACACACCAUGUGCUUUUUUAUAUUGGUCUAGUGUAAACUAAGUACCACUUUAUAGUAUCUCUUCAUGGUAAGAAUGUAAACAGUGUGUGGCUAUGCUUACAUACUCAUUCUAGACAAUAAAAUUCUGAGACUAUAAAA